AUGUUUCGCCUUAGUUUGGGGAAGCUUAGAGAUGUCUUAUAUGAUGCUAAAGAUGUGCUUGAUAAAUUCAGGUGUGAAGCGCUGCAAAAGGAGUUGAUCAAUCGUGGAAGCACCACCACCAAAUUGGUACAAUUCCCUGCCCUCUCUAUUCCAUUUGCAUUCCCUUUAAGGAUAAGUCAUAAAAUCAAAAGAAUCACCGAAAAGCUAGAUACAAUUGCUAGUGAUUUCAAAAAAUUUAAUCUUGGACUUGAAGAGAAAGUUCAGAACCGACAUAUUAGUCUUAGAGAUGCCCACUCCUUUGUUAUACCUUCUAAUGUGAUAGGUCGAAAUCAAGCCAAAGAAAACAUCAUAGAUGUUUUAGUCAAGCCAACCAUUUUUGAAAAAAUCCCCGUCAUCCCUAUAGUUGGAAUCGGAGGUUUAAGGAAAACCACACUUGCUCAACUUGUGUACAACGAUGAAAGGAUCACUAAGGUCUUUCCCUUGAAAAUAUGGGCGUACGUGUCAGAUGAGUUUGAUCUUGCUAGGUUGCUCUGUGAUAUUAUUUGCUCCAUUACGGAGGAAAGAUGUUAUGGCUUACCAGUUAAUGCAUUGCAAACUCAUUUGCGAAUGCUUUUAAAUGGUAAGACUUUUUUACUUGUUUUAGAUGAUGUAUGGAACGAAGAUCAUGUAAAAUGGAUGGAACUGAGGGAUUUGCUGAUAACAAUGGGUAACUUUCAACAAAGUAAAAUCCUUGUGACUACACGGAGUUCAAAAGUUGCUUCGAUAGUGGGUACUAUUGUUCCGUACAACUUGAAAGGUCUUAGUCACAAGGAUUGUUUGUUUCUGUUUGUAAAAUGGGCAUUUAGGGAAGGGGAUGAGAAAGUAUAUCCAAACCUUUUGAGAAUUGGGGAUGAAAUUGUGAAAAAAUGCAAAGGGGUUCCAUUGGCAGUGAGAACUUUAGGGAGCUUACUCUACAUGAAAACUGAGCUACAUGAAUGGGAAUUUAUAAAAGAUAAUGACAUAUGGAAACUUGAUCAAAAUGAAAAUGACAUCCUACCUAUGCUGAAAUUGAGUUAUAAUCAUUUGCCAUCUCAUUUGCAAAGGUGUCUAACUUAUUUGUCAUUGGUUCCAAAGGAUACUAUUUAUGAUACUGAAUAUAUCGUCCAAUUCUGGAUGGCCAUUGGACUUAUUGAAAGCCCAAAGCAAAAUGAAGAGUGGGAAGAUGUUGGGUUACGAUAUUUCAAAGAAUUAUGGUCGAGGGGUUUUGUCGAAGAUGUCGAGGCUGAACCUACAUUUUACAGAUUUAAAAUCCAUGACCUAAUACAUGAUCUGUUGUUAAAUGUGUCUCAAGAUGACUGCUUAACAAUUUAUUCUCAUACAAUAAAUGCUGCUGAAAAUAUUCGACAUCUGUCAUUUUCGGAUGAUAAUCCAUUGAGAGCUCCACAAUCAUUUUUGAAGAAUUUAAAAGGUGUGCGGACAUUACUGAUCCUGGCUUCUUCAGGAGCAAAUAGGAUAAUUGAGGAACGUUUUGUAAAUGCUUCUUUCUUGAAUUUCAAGUUCCUGCGGCUACUUGAUCUCUCCUAUUCAUUUUUGGAAGUAUUGCCCAAGUCUGUUGGCACCUUGAAGCAUUUAAGAUAUCUUGACUUAUCUGGGUGUCAAAGAAUGAGGAAACUUCCUACUUCUAUCUGUAAACUUCAGAGCUUGCUGACUUUACGGUUACUUUGCGUUCCACUGAUUGAAGUACCUGAAUGUCUGCAACGCUUGAUCAGUCUCAGAUUUCUAGAGAUAACCACAGAUUCUCUGCUUUUAAGGGAUAUUCAUCCAGGAUGUUGGAGUUCGCUUCAGUUUUUGCAUUUGAUCCACUGUGAUAUGAUAGAAUCUAUAUUUGAAGGGAUGCAACACCUCACAUCACUGAGAACAUUGGUUAUCAAAUUCUGUUCUAGUUUGAUUUCACUGCCAAGAAGUCUGAAAUUUCUAACCAAAUUAGAGGAAAUCGAGAUAGUUGGAUGCAAAAGUAUCAAUUUGUGGAUGGAACAAGAAGGACAAGAAGACCAAGACCUUCACUUGCGGCUUAAAACUUUAACAAUAUGCGGAUCAGAAGCAUUGGAGGAUUUGCCACGGUUGCUUCUUCAAGGAUCAGCUACCACUUUUAAAUCCAUGCUAAUAGAGAGAUGUCCCAACUUCAAGGUACUACCAGAAUGGAUGCAAAAUCUCACAUCACUUGAGAGGUUGGAGCUUGCCGAGUGUCCAGCAUUAUCCUCUCUUCCCGAUGGACUGAAUCGCCUCACUGCACUUAGACAAGUAAAGAUUCAAAAAUGUCCUGAGCUGAGCUGAAAUUGUCAACCUGGGGUUGGUGCUGAUUGGUCCAAGCUUGCACACGUUCAAGAGGUUCAUAUUGAAGAUCAGAAGAUCGUCAAGCCACGCUCAAGUGAUCAUAGGUAAAUUGGUUCGGGUGCUUUGGUCAAAAAUAAAAGAGCAAGCAGGUAGCUCUUAUGGUGUGGGAAAAUUCAGCCAAACCCUGCAGGGCGCCAUCUGUUCAAAGCUUUUACUUUCUUUGACGAUCAUGUGCCUUGAACCAGACCUGUUUAUCUGUUUGCUUAAUACCUGCGCUUUAGCUAUUUGUUUGUGUUCUAUCUGUCUGUGAUUGGAUCCUUUGGAAUGAAACCAUCAUCUCAUUAUGAGUGACUCUUUAAGGACAAAAGAAAUCUUCUUGCUUGAAAAGGGAACAUCAGGCAUUCAACAUGAAGUGCUCAUUUCUUAUUAAACCCAAUGAGAUUUCGACCCACGUCGUCUAGUGUAAGAUUUCAGACUAUCUCAUCCAAAUGAGAUUCAAACCAAGUCAUUCAAAACUUUAAGUUUUGGGUUCAACCAAGUUCUAUCCUGUCAGCUGGAUGUUGAGCUUUUUGUUUGGGCAUCACCUUCUUCAGGGCCACAA